AAUAAUGUUUCCCACUGAUCCGGCGGGCGGAUGCGGAUAGAUAAUUUUUUUUGUUUACAUAGAAUCGAAAAAAUGAUUCGAUCAGCGGGAGCCGGCCGGGUUGACCCUCAAAUCAAAGCCAACGCUAGUGAUUUUGCUGCAUAGUGGAUUUUUUUUUUAAAAUGGUAAAACGAUAGUGAUCGUUUGUUAAAGCAUAUUAUGGUGGUGGGUGGUCUACUUCCGUUCUGUUUCAUUAACAAUGAUUUUUCUUCUGUUUUAAAUUUUUGAAAGAAUUUUGUUUUCACGUGAUUUAUGAUAAUAAACAUAUACCAUGAAAAUUUUCGGAUCGUUAUCAUACUAAUUGAAGAAAAAAAAAAUUGAAUACUUUUUGGUAUGUUGCUAUUUAUUAAUAUAUUUAGUCAGUAAACCCUUGCCUUCCGAUAUUUCAAGGUCUCAUUCGUUUGUCUGAUUGUUUCUUUUCUGUUUCUUUAGAAUCAUGCAAUGUUACGCAUAAAAGUCAUAGAUUAAAACCAGUAUCUUCAAACUGCAAUAAUGUUUUAUUAAUAUCUAUACUCUCUAAGUAAAAAAAACUUAAACAAACAUAGUGUUUUUAGUUGUUUUAGGUAACGUUCGCUUUAUUUGUUUGGCGUUAACGUUUACAACGUUGCGGCCAUCCCUUCACGUUUGCAUCGCACACCUAAUUUUAGCUGCUUUAAAGGAACCGUUUUGGGUUAGUCUCUUGUCCUUAUCUAAUUACCAUAUAUGCCUCUGAAACCCUCUCCUUUCUCAGAGGGUUCUUUACUAAAUAUCUAUUAUGAAUCAAUGGGUUUCUUCGUGACAAAAAAAAGAAUCAAUGGGUUUCUUUUUAUUUCUUCAAGUCCAAACAAAAAUUCAUCAACUUCGUAACGUGCUAACGUUUUACUUCUCUGUAAUUUUGAAAGAAAAAAGUUACUAAUCGAGUAUAUGUUGAUCAUAAGCUGGUUAACGACUAUAAAACAUAAAAUACUAAGAAGAUAAUCCCAUAAAGUCAUGCAAUAUUUUAUUUCAAAGUUUUUUUGAGUGGAUUCGACACUUUCUAAAUGGUUAUUAAUUAUCUAAAACAGUAGUUAAGUGUUAUAAUUAGUGAUUUUUUUUUUUUUUUUGUAUCUUAUAAUUAGUGAUUAUUUAUAUUACAAUUCCAUUGUUUAUCUUCAAAGAAUGAUUGAAUCUAAGAUAUUUUUCGAAACACUCCACUGAUUAAGUUUAAAAGUAUUUUUUUGAAUGAAUAAGAUUAAAAGUAUAUAUAAAGGAAUACUAAUUAAGAAACAUACCACCUUAGUUUGGAUCCCAACUGAUCAUCUAACCAACGCAAACUCAUAAGUAGACGUCUAUGUAUAUAUAUAUCAGUACACAUGCAUAAGUAACCUUGUCUAUACGCAUCAACUAAGAAUCUUGGCAUAAUUUAUCUCACAUAGAUGUUUUUUGUAAUUGGUGACAAAUAUAGAUAUAAAUAUGGCUGAUGUAAAAUUGCAAGUACAUAUUUUGACCGUAAUAUUUAUUUAUUAAUUAAGGAACUAAAAAAUCUUUAUCAUAACUCUAGAAAAAAAAAUAUUGACAUUUGAGUUAUUGUAGGCAUGUAGUGAAUUUAGAAACUGUAGAAAUAGCAUGCAGGUUGUAGAAACUAGAAACUGCAAAUGAUUUGAAAGCUCUCUAACCGCAGAAAAUAACUAUUUGAUUAAGAGUGUUUGCUGAUACAUCAAAGUUAAUUUCCUUCUAUAGCAAGCUUAUUUUACCCACUUAACAAAAAAAAAAAAGCUUAUUUUACCCUACACUUUUGGAAUUCACAGAAAUAGUACUUAUACAUCACCUCAACUGCUUUAGCAAACGGUGCAAAAAUACAAAGCGUAGUUAAGUAAUCACGCCAUGACUCCACACAAUCAUCAUUAGUGAUAAUUGAUAAACAUCAACAGAAUUCGUUGUUGUUUUCCUCUAAAUUACUUCUUACAAAAUACAGAAAAUAAUAAUAAAAAGUGGACGAAAAAAAGAAUCUCAUACGCAAAAUUAUAAAAUGAAAUAUGCGUCACACACAAUCCACGACGUUAAUUCGUUUGCUCUCUUUCUAUAAAUUCAUCCGUCACACUUCUCCUCCUCUCACCAAAACAUUUUCUUAUUAAAAAAAAACAUAACAUCAAAUUUUAUUUUUCGCUUACUUUCUUUCAUUGUUUCACAGUCUACAAAAAUGGAAGGAAGACAAUACUACCCUCCAAGAGAAACCGUCGACGGAAACAGAACCACCAUGGGAGGACCGCACUCGCCGUGGCAUUCACCGGUUCCUUAUCUUUUCGGUGGUUUAGCGGCGAUGCUUGGUCUCAUCGCCUUUGCUCUUCUAAUCCUCGGUUGCUCUUAUUGGCGUCUCUCUGGUUACUUCGACGGUGAGGAAAACCAGAGCAGAGACAGCGAUCUUGAAGCCGGAGAUAUGAAACCUGAUACAGCUGUGAAGGCUGUAGCUUUGCCGGAGAAGUUCUUGGUGAUAAUGGCCGGAGAUGUGAACCCCACGUACUUGGCGACGCCGGCGGAGAAAAGCUGUACUUGUGACGAUGAUGAAGACGAGGAGGGUGGUGAUGACGUGAAGGGUAAUGAUCAGGUGGUGCGGCGGAGUACUCAAAGCAACGGUGCGGCACGUUGAGAAACAGAGUACAUGAAGAGAAGAAACAGAGGAUCAACAGUUCUUUAGACUACUGUUUGUAUCUGACCCGGUUGUUUCUGGAUAUUGGGUUGGGUCAGAGCUCUACAUGAUGAGCCUUAAAUAUAGUCUGACUCUUACUAUGGCGGAUAACUAUUAUUAAAAAAAAAACAAUUAGGAAAUGAGUUUGGAUCAUUAGGAAAGUGUUCUGCUUGACAAUGUUAUUUAAUCUCAGCUUUUGAUUUAUUAAGUUGUUUAGGCUUUUUCGUUUUCAGAUUUGUAAGUUUGUAAUUCAUCAGUUUUGUUCCAUUUCGAAUUUUGAUGGAUAUAUCCUGGAAAAAAUGUGAACAUAUUUGUGAUU